CAAAAAACUAAAUAUUUACCUUUUGCAAAACAUUUCAAAACAGGUUUAAUUUUGAAAUAAUUAACGAAAGACCGCACCCAACAAUAUUUUUUUACAUCGGUAGGUAUAGGCAGAUAGAUUGAGACUAUCAAAAACAUAACUAGUUUUUGCUAAAACUUACAAUACGGGUGCAAUGCAAUAUCCAUCUUGAUUCAAGCGUCGGCAAAUAAAUACAAGUAACUUUCAAUUCAUGCAAGUUGCUCUAGUGUUCCUGAUGAGGGAGUGAUUUCAGUGGACCUGUCUAGAGAUAUAGUCGUCGACUCAAUGACAGACAUGACAGAAGCCAUAAUAUCUCCUAAUUUAAUUGUGGACAAUGAAGAGGACUCUACAAAACUGACUCUGGCCUAUGAAUGGCUGUAUGAAGUGCCAAGGACAAUAGUGGAUAAAUUUUCCAAUCACAUAAAAUAUUUGGAUAUAAGCCACAAUAAAAUUACGAAUUUAGAUCCUCUAGUUCACUUCUUCCACUUAUCAUCAUUGAUAGCCGACCACAAUCCUAUCACGGAGAACUGUGCGCUACCACCAUUACCGAAACUAGAAUUAUUAUGGUUAAAUCAUUGUAAGAUAGCCUCAUUGUACCCAUGGGUGGGUAAACUAAAGGAAUCCUGCCCAAAUUUGCAGUAUCUAUGCUUAAUGGGCAAUCCUGCUGCGCCCAGCUACUUCAAUGGAGGAACUUUCUAUGAAUACUUGCAGUAUAGACUCUUCAUUAUAUCUCAGUUUCAAUCGUUAAAUCAUUUGGACGAUAGAAAGGUCACCGACGACCAAAGGACCGAAGCCCUGAGGCUGUACAAGAGGCCUUUCUUGGAAAGGUUAGUGUCGCCCGGCUCCAGAGGUGGUAUAUCACAGCUGAUGCAAGCCCCGGCUAAAUGGAACACCGUCCACGGGAAACUCAACUCGUUGUGGAGCAAGGCCAAGAAUCGGAACCUUUUGAUAUAAAGUUAGUGGUUUUAUGAGCUCCUCCAUUAUUCGAAAAAUACUUUGCCUGGAUAAACUAAUGGGUGGGACAGUUGAUUAAUUUACAGGAAUCAUUACAAGCGCCUUAACCCUUUUAUGUUGAGUUUAUUUUCAUAUUAUUAUAUUUUGUAGAAAUCGCUAAAGGAUGGAUCUCUGACAAAACAGUACAUUACAAAAAAACUUUAAUUUCAAAAAAAAUAUAUACAGAAAUCAAUGUUAAAUUCACAGAAAAAUAAUUUUAAAUGGUUAUUUAUAAAUGUUUUUAACUUAUUAAAAACCUUAUACAUGCAUGCGCUAAGACACGUCCAUAUAGGUCUGUACGUAAUACCUUUAAUCAAACUGCGCAAUAGUCGGUAUUUCGACGCUCCGCACUUUAUACCCAUUAAUAGAGAAACGAUGUAUCUUGACGGAUCGUGAUCUAAAGGUUAAAGAGCGUCUAUGUACACUUUAACAAAAUAUUUUACUUUUAAUGAUAAAAGAUUGAUUCGCUGCAGAAUUGGUUGGGGGGGAGGGUUCUUGUAAAUCCGCACGGGUAUGUCAUAGAUAAUACACAUAAAUUAGUUAUAGAUAAGAUAAA